AAGAUGCGAUAAUCGAUCUACGAUCACUACAAUUACAAUCGCAAUAACGCCCUCACAGAUCUACUUGAGUCUGCUGACUUCUUACCAUAAUAAUCAUCAUUACGCAAUACCACACCGGCUGAAGGAACAAUCCGCUACCAACAAAAUGACCACACCACCAUCGACGGACGAUCUCCAGUCACGCCGAGAAGCCGACUACGAGCGGUUCAAAACCGCGGCCGCAUACACCUUUCUCAUUGCAUCGCCUGUUCUCAUUGCCCUACCACCCAGAAAGCUUGAUAACCUGACGGUUCUUCUCACCAGCGCCUUCUGUGUUUCCGCAAACCACCUCACACGCGAACACACCGGGCGGAGUAUCGUGGAUCGGAUCGAGGCCCGGAUCUCAAGGAACCCUAUUACAGCUUUGUCGGAUCUGCCAAGCCAACGGGCACAGGAGAUACAGGCCAAGUUGAAGGCAGCGAGGGAUGCACAGAUCCGAGAGGGGUCAGCAGUCGGCGAGGAAUUAGAGAGGCUGAAGGCUAGGCAAGCGCAGGAGAAGCCGGCGUUGGAGAAAAUCUGGAUGGGCGGUGAGACGGAGGGGUGGAAGGAGAGAAGAAUAAGGGAGGAGCAAAAGGCCUUGGAGGAGGGGAAGGGAUAUGGUGACCUGAUCAAGGAGCAUAUAUGGGAUGUAUGGAAUUGGGGCCAGAAGGGAGAUGAAAACGAAAAGAAGGAGGGGAAAUAAUCGGGUUUUUGGGAAAGUGAAACCCUUUCGCAGGGCCUGUUGACGGCCUUUUCCUUUAGCGGGCUUGCAUGAUAUAGGCGGCGUUGAUGAUAAGGGCUGGGUUUAUGUGGUUUCUCGUUCUGUGUAGUUAUAGUUGCCUGUCCUACCAUAUGUAUAAAGGCAUUGUAUAUUAGUGUAUCAUUGAUCUGACUA